AUGAACAAAUUGGAAGGAUGCUGGCGGUGUCCCGUCCAGCCUGAGCUCACGCGGAGCCCGGCCAGGGCGCUCUUCCCCGGCACCCCGGUCCCCCGCGUCCGGGGAGCAACCGUCUGGCGGCGGAGGAGCCCCGUCCCUCGCAGGGUGGAGCUCGGGGGGUACCGCUGGGUUCGUUUCCCGGCCCGGCACCGCUUUACGUGUGUCGAGUCCAAAGUCUUCCUCAUCUACAACACGGGCCUGCAGGGCUGCCUGGAGACCAAGGACUCACUGGUGAGGCUGGCCAAGGCCUGCAACACCAGCGCCCCAGCCCACCAGUGGAAAUGGGUUUCGAGGAACCGGCUCUUCAACCUCUCACAGCACCUGGGCACCCAGGCGGCCAAUUCCUCCCUGGCGCCCACCGACAGGGGCGACCAAGCCCGCGGCUCGCACUGGCGCACCUAUGGCACUGAGGAGGAUCUCUGCUCCGUGCCCUAUUCUGAGAUUUACACCAUUCAGGGCAACUCGCACGGGAAGCCCUGCACCAUCCCCUUCAAGUACGACAACCAGUGGUUCCAUGAGUGCACCAGCACGGGGCGCGAGGACGGCCACCUCUGGUGCGCCACCACCCAGGACUACGGCAAGGAUGAACGAUGGGGCUUCUGUCCCAUUAAGAGCAAUGACUGUGAGACCUUCUGGGACAAGGACCACCUCACCAACAGCUGCUACCAGUUCAACUUCCAGUCAACGCUGUCGUGGCGGGAGGCCUGGAAUAGCUGUGAGCAGCAAGGUGCCAACUUGCUGAGCAUCACCGAGAUCCAUGAGCAGACCUACAUCAACGGGCUGCUCACGGGCUACAGCUCCACGCUCUGGAUUGGCCUCAACGACUUGGACAUCAACGGCGGCUGGCAGUGGUCGGACAACUCACCGCUCAAGUACCUCAACUGGGAGAGCGACCAGCCCGACAACCCCAGCGAGGAGAACUGCGGCGUCAUCCGGACCGAGUCGUCGGGUGGCUGGCAGAACCGUGACUGCGGCAUCGCCCUCCCCUACGUCUGCAAGAAGAAGCCCAACGCCACCGCCGAUCCCUUCGCCACGGACUCAUGGUCGGAGGUGAAGGUGGACUGCGAGCCCAGCUGGCAGUCUUUCCAGUCCAACUGCUACCGCCUGGUGGGAGAGAAGAAAAGUUGGCAGGACGCGAAGAAGACCUGCCUGCGAAGCGGGGGGGACCUGGUGAGCAUCCACACCCUCUCCGAGCUGGAGUUCGUCACCAAGCAGAUCAAGCAAGAUGUGGAAGAGCUGUGGAUUGGCCUGAAUGACCUCAAGCUGCAGAUGAACUUCGAGUGGUCGGACGGGACGCCGGUGAGGUUCACCUACUGGCAUCCCUUCGAGCCCAACAACUUCCGCGACAGCCUGGAAGACUGCGUGACCAUUUGGGGCCCGGAAGGGAGGUGGAACGACAGCCCGUGUAACCAGACCCUGCCCUCUAUCUGCAAAAAACCCGGUCGGGUGAGCCAGGAGAAAGAGGAGGAUGACCACGGGUGCCGAAAGGUGAGGGCGACCUGGGGCGGGCGCUGCCAGCGGGUAGAUCGCAGUCCCGCUUGCUGCAAACCCCACGGCAAAGCGAAGUUGCCUGCUUUGCCUGAGCCACGUGGCCUCCGUCCCCAACGGCCGGGGCCACGUGGGCGGCUGCCCAUGGGCGCUGGGAGCCCGCCGUCCGCUCGCGGGCUGGGUGGACGCGACGCCCUCCUCUUCCCCGCUCCCGCGUUGCUCCGAAAGCAGCUGCGGGCGGGCGUCGCGGAGCUGCGGGACGGGCUCCUCGGCCGCGCUGGCCUGCCCCGCGGCCCCAAGACGCGGGUGUUCAACUCUGACAAACUGCAAGAGAAGAAGACGUGGAUCGCGGCGCAGGAGUUUUGCCGGGAGCUGGGGGCCCAGCUGCUCAGCCUGGGCAGCUACGAGGAGGAGCACUUCGUGGCCAACACCCUCAACAAGAUCUUUGGUGAAGCGGAGCCGGAGAUCCACGAGCAGCACUGGUUCUGGAUCGGCCUGAACCGGCGGGACCCUGCGGGAGACCGGAGCUGGCGCUGGAGCGACGGGCUGGGGUUCUUCUACCACAACUUUGACCGCAGUAACUACGAUGACGACGACAUCCGGGACUGCGCCGUGCUGGACCUGGCCUCCUUGCAGUGGAUGCCGAUGCAGUGCGAAUCCCAGCUGGACUGGAUCUGCAAGCUGCCCAAAGGUGCCGACGUGAAGGAGCCGGAGAUCACGACCCAAGGCAGCAAAGAGUGGGUGAAGUACCAGGACGCAGAGUACAAGUUCUUCGAGCAUCACUCCACGUGGGUGCAGGCCCAGCGCAUCUGCACCUGGUUCCAGGCCGAGCUCGUUUCGGUGCACAAUCAGGCCGAGCUGGAUUUCUUGGGCCAGAACCUGAAGAAGGUAGGAGAGCGCCAGCGCCUUUGA